AUACCUGUACAGAUACAUACACACUAAAGUAUGAAAUGGAGCUGUUUUUGCACCCACCCAGGCUUGUUUUCAGCGGCUAAAUCAACCGGAAGAAUUACUUGGGUGGUACAGCGGGGAACGGUUGGCGCUAGCCCGAUUCUUGCUGAGAUCAUCAAGGUUGUGAUUCCUUCGGUAUACAUUUACCCCGGAAUAAGACCUCCUCAUGGGGUCACUUGGCGGUCCUCGAAGGAUGUUGAUGCCGGACUAUGACAUGGUACAAGGCUUCAGAGCUUACUUGACCCGUGGUAGCUCCAGCUCAGCAUCGACAGCUGUUGCAUAGUUUGGUAGAGACCUAGCAUCAUGCGGCCCGGUUUGUUGCAACUUUACUAUGCCUUGUUGGCACCAUGUGUGGUAUUUGGCAAGAUUGAUAGGUGGAGGAUCGUAUCGCAAUUCAACAUCGUCCGAACUAGCUUGAUUGACAAUGAGACGACACCACUUCAGGUCGGCAAUGGCAAUUUUGCCGAAUUACCUUCGGACUACAAGGGCCUGCCAAGAGAUACGUACGGCCGGGAGGUAUUCUAUGAUAUUCCGGAUCCAAAGUUGAAACAAGCUACGCAGUGGCUCAUCAGCAACCCUAACCGCAUCAACCUAGGUCGUAUUGGCCUCAGGUAUGAGGGUGUUGCGCUCAACAAAUCUCAGAUCACCAAUCCUACACAAGAGCUUGAUCUCUGGAGUGGUACAAUCACGUCAACUUUCGAGGUUGCGGAAAAGACUGUGAAGGUUAUCACGCAAGGCGAUUUUGACUCCGAUGCUGUAGCAAUCAGCAUCGAAUCUGACCUCGUACGGUCUGGCGUUCUGCAAGUCGAACUGGACUUCCCGUACCCUCCAAUCCACUCGACACAGUACAAGUACGAAGUAUUCGCAGGCGUGUAUGAUUUCCCACUGAACCACACCACGAUCCUCUCCGAAGACGGAACGGAUCGUACUUUUGCGCACAUCCAACACAUACUGCAGGAAACGAGUUACUUUAUCAACCUCCGCUGGCCCAAGGAGACGCCCUUGAAGCUGUCUAGAAAUGAACCUCCAAAUUCAACGGCCAUUAUUGCACACCGAUACACGUUGAGCUCGGUAUCAAACACCUCUUCCGUAGCUUUCACGGCUCACUUUUCGCCGGACUCACGUGUACCAAGCUUUCCUGCCAAGAUUCAAGACAAAAAUGCCCGCGAGUGGAAUGCGUACUGGAGGGAUGGCGGUUUCGUCGACCUGACUGCAUCGUCCAACCCUAAUGCGACCGAACUCCAGCGACGAAUCAUCAAGUCGCAAUACCACGUGCGUGUCAAUAGCGCAGGCAGUGGUCAACCGCCGCAAGAGAGCGGGCUGAUGAACAAUGGCUGGUACGGCAAAUUCCAUAUGGAAAUGGUAAUCUGGCACCUUGCUCACUGGUCGACUUGGGGCAAGCAAAAGUAUUUCGACAACAUUUUCCCGGAAGUGUACGAAACACUUUUGCCUUCGUCAAUCGCUCGUGCCAAGUCAAUGGGUUGGGAAGGUGCUCGAUGGCCUAAGAUGACGGAACUGGAGACUGGCGUCAGUUCUCCUGGAGAUAUUAAUGCGGUUCUCAUGUGGCAACAACCGCAUCCAUUCUACCUUGCAAACUUAGCCUACCAGGCUAAACCUACGAGGGACACACUGCAACGCUGGGACAAGGUACUCACUGCGACUGCGGACUACAUGGCGUCGUAUCCUGGCCUCAACACUACUACAGGUAAAUACGACCUCGGACCACCAGCAUACGGUGUGACUGAAAAUACUCCACCGAACUCGACGCGAAAUAUGGCCUAUGAGCUUGCAUACUGGCGUUAUGGGCUAGACGCCGCUAUCGACUGGAAACGGAAACAACACCAAACGGUUCCGGACAAGUGGGUACACGUAGCCGCAAACCUCGCACUACCACCGAUAGUCGAUGGUUUGUAUGCAGUCUACGAUGGGCUAAACAGCUCUUGGUGGAACGAUACGAAGCUCACUGGUGAUCCGCGCAGCCUCAUAAUGCUUCAAGGCAUACUGCCUGACACGCCAGCGGUCAAUCCAGAAGUCGCUCUGCGCACUGCAGACAAGGUUUGGGACGUUUGGGGUGAUGACCGUAUUCGCGGUUGGGGACGCCCGGUUCUUGCAAUCAACAGUGCAAAGAUCGGAAACCCUGAGCGCGCCAUUUAUCACCUCACUGCUUACGAUUAUUGGAAGUUCGAUGACGCGGGAUAUGCGAUCAGAGGCGGCGACGGAGGGACACCACCCCCGUUCAUGCCCGGCAACGCUGGCUUCUUGCUCGCUGUUGCGUACUGCGCAGCCGGUUGGCAAGGCUCAGAAGGCGAUGCUCCUGGCUUUCCCAAAGACGGAAGUUGGGAUGUGAAACACGAGGGACUUCUCAAAGCGUUAUGA